CAGAUAUUAGAACGAAUAUCUAACCAAUUAAAAACCAGACAAAACCAGACUAAGUUAACAACCCCCUCUUUGGAAUCAAACCAAAAGUCAUCAGAUCGAGGGGACCGGGCACCAACACAACCCAGCGGCAUUGGCGACGGCGAUGGCGACUAUGGCGAAUCUGACGGCCAUGAUUGCGCUCCUGAUCUCCGCCGCUGCUGCAGCGUCAACCGCUCCUCCUGCCACCGCUUACACCAACCACACAGUGGGCGGCGCCGCCGGGUGGCUAUUCGAUGCUAACACCAACACUUCCGCCACCAAUUACUCCGUCUGGGCCGUUAACCAGACCUUCAAUCUCGGAGACUAUCUCAUUUUCAAUACGAAUUCGAACUCGACGGUGAUCCAGACCUACAACGACACCACCUACUCGAGCUGCUCCUUUGACGACGCUCAGGACAACGACACGUCCCAGUACAACGGGGGCGACCAGCAGUUCGGGAUGGCGUUGACCAUAGCGGUUCCGUUGACCAUCGAGGGCAUCAACUACUACUUCUCCGAUGCCGACGACAGUGUCCAGUGCCAGCGUGGCAUGGCCUUCGAGAUCCAAGUUAACCAUGGCCUCGGCUUACCGCCCAGCCUCAACCAGCCGCCUCCGCCGCCCUACAUCGAGCCUCCUGGACCCGGCUCCGCUCAGUCUCCGCCUACCUCCGUCACUCCGUCGCAGGGGAACGGUGGCUUCAGGGCCGCCGCUAGCAUGCGCGGCGUCUUCUCCGUUCUUCUUCACCUAUUGCCGUUUUCCAUUCUAAUAGUCUAGUUGGGGCCAUUGGGGAUAAUAAUGGUGGAAUUUUUCUUGUUGUUAAAUGUUACUUUGGUAAUUUCAUUACACGUGGCGGUGGGUUAGUUUUGGGAUGUGUUUGGGUAUGGGCGUAAGGUGAACAUUACAUUCCUUUGUUCUUGGAUUAUACUGGGCAGGGUUGAUUAGACUUGUCUUUCUGGUCUCUCGUUAAUCAGUUGACCAAACACAUGACAUUCACAGAUAUCCUGUUGUCUUUUUUGGAAAUUUGAUACCGUUGGAAUUGGCUUCCGUGGAA